CCUUUGUAGGAAAUGCUGUUCACAAAGAAUACAGCUUAUUCCAGCAAGGCAGACAGUUGUUCUCAACAAAGAGGCUGGAUGCACACUGAGAAAGGACCUAUAAACCACAAAAUGAAGGCUGCUGAAUCUGAUGGAUCACAUAAUAUCUCUGUGUCUCUCCUGAAAUCUGUUCUCAAGGAAAGAGAGGUUAAAAUAAAUGAUCUCAGCCAAAUUUUAAAGAGGGAACGAACUGAAAAACUGCGCUUAAUAGAGGAAAAGGAACAACUUCUUGCCGAAAUCGAAACACUUAGGAACGAAUUUCAGGUCAUGACAUUUGAUAAGGAGAGAAAAAAACAAGAUGCUUUUAAUUCAUUUGACCCCAACUCCCCUGUGGUUCUUCAAAAAGAAAUUGUUAACCUCAAAAGCCAGAUAAAUGACCUACAAGAAGCCAAUGAAAGUGCAGUUAUAGAGCUAUCCAAAGCUGAUGAGGAGAUUUCACAAAAUAAGAAAGACAUGGCCAGGCUUAAAGCAGACUAUAACCAGAAACUGGAAGAUUCUCAUGAAGAAAUCAAAUUGCUUAAAGAAAAGAUAAAUCAGAUCCCAAACAUAUGCUGCCACACAGAGGAUAACGAUGAUGGCCUUCUCAGGGAGAUCUCCCAGCUGAGGAGUGAGUGCAGAAGACUGAGGACUCACAGUCAUCAGCUGAGUGAGCAAAACCACCAUCUGCAGGAAGAGAUGUGGGAUAUCAAAAGGCGAUAUGAAUCUUUACUAAAAAGAGCAACAUGUUUCCCAAAUGGGCAAAACAAUGGAGAAUCCGCCGGGCCACAUACUGAUCUGUACAAUAAAGGAUCUUUCUCUAAAGACUGGAUUUCUGAGGAGAACAGUCUUUACAGGAACGAUGCUUUUAAAGUUGAUGGAACAUUUUCAAAAUGCAAAGCAGUCUUAGGUUCUCCGAACAUAAAAGAACCAUGGGAAAGUAAACAUGAAGAACGUUUUACAAACAAUGCAUCUCCUUUUUCAAUGGACAGUGAAAACACUGAUCUACUUGUCGGGGGAUAUCAUGAAGACAGCCCUCACAAACCUUCCCAAACAGGCAUGGGAGGUGAGACUGGAAACACUUUUUUCAACCAUUCUUCUGUUUUAAUUGGAUCAUAUGAACCAAAGGCAUUGAAUGAUAAUGAUUUGUUUUCUGUUAAAAACAAAGACAGCACCCCAUGGAAUUCGCCCCAUCAAAGUCCCAAAGCAGCUGCUGCUAGAGCUUCCUUCUGCAAGCUAGUUGGCAACACUAGAAUGAAUCUCUCCGUUUUAACACGACGCCCUUUUGCGCCAAAGACUGCUGACGAUCUCAAGGUUGGCAAUUUGGUGAAGUUCUCUCGACCGGCAGGUAAAAUAAGUAAAGGUACAAUACAAUACAAGGGAUACCUACGUGGAAGAGAAGAGAUUUACUUGGGAGUCGAAUUGGAAGGCAAUGAGGUUGGAAAGCAUGAUGGUACCUUCCAGGGAGCCCGUUACUUCCUAUGCAAACCUAACAAAGGUGUGUUUGUUAAUUUCAAUAAAAUCAUCAUGGCCUGGGAAUAAAUGCCUUUACAGUGUAGCAAGAAGCUUGUGCACCACACCAGGUGUUAUUUUCCUGCAUGGUUUGUUAAUAAGUAUUAUUUUCACCCGAAAGGCUAAAUGGGGCAGCUGAAGGAUUACACUUUUGAACUCAUCAGCUUAUAAUGCAUAAUGUUAUAUGGAGAUAUUGCUAUAACCAUGUAUUAUCCCGGUGCCAUAAUUUAAAAACAUUAACCGUCUAAUGAGCUGGAAAAACAAAAUGGGGAAAAAAAAUGGUUAGAACUUCAAUCGAUGUUGGGACAUCACGAAUCGUACAAUAUGAUUUUGAGCAACCUUGAAACAGAUGAUGUGAAACAACCCACUACAUAUAUGCUAAAGAAGAAGGGCAAUGAUGUCAGAAGAAAGACGUAGACUUGUGUGAAAUGAUCGGACUUCGGGUAUAGCAGAAUGGGUAACUUAUGUUCUUGAAAUUCAGUUCGCACACCGUGGGGUACCUGCUCCCAGAAAAACACAUCACGAAUGCACGUGUACACAUCUAAAAGAACCUGAUCCAUGCACCAUCAGAAUAGGAAUCGUGUCUGUGACAGGGGUUGGGUAUGUUCAUGGUACAUAUGAAACAUUAAGUCUCAAAAAUAAAAAUCUUUGCGUGUACAGGCUGUACACACAC